UAUACCACUUUUCAUUACUCAGAACUCUAAGAUGAUGUAUUCUGCCCCACUUUUCCUUCUACUCUGUCUUCUUACUCUUAGACCUAACUGGGUUAUGGCAGAUGAAGAUGAUUACGGAGAAGAAAUUGUUCUUUCUUUUGCCAUGCAAGAAGAAGCCCAAGUAGAUAUUGAGAAGGAGACAUCUUCCAGGGCUUUCUACUGGAGUAAUAAGGAGGCCUGGAGAAUGACUGGCCAGUAUGUGGUGGUGUUGAAAGAAAAUGUUCACAGGUCUCAGACAGAAAGAGUUAUUCGCAGGCUGCAGGCACGAGCAGCAAAGCAUGGCUACCUGACCAAAAUUGUCCACGUCUUCCAUGAACUUUUCCGAGGGUUUGUUGUGAAAAUGAGUAGUGACAUGUUACAGAUGGCUCUAAAAUUGCCACAUGUGGACUAUAUAGAGGAAGAUUCAUUCAUAUCUGCACAGAGUGUUCCGUGGAAUCUUGACAGGAUUGUCCCUGCCCAGCAAAUGGCCAGCCAAUUCAGCCCACCAAAUACCGGAGAUUCUGUUGAGGUUUAUCUCUUAGACACCAGUAUUCAGAGCAACCACAGAGAAAUAGAAGGGAAAGUCUUUGUGACAGAUUUCCAGAAUGUCCCAGAGGAAGAUGGAACCCGCUUCCACCGACAGGCCAGUAAAUGUGAAAGUCACGGAACCCAUAUGGCUGGAGUGGUGAAUGGAAGGGAUGCCGGUGUAGCUAAAGGAGUAAAUGUUCGUAGCCUUAGAGUACUAAAUUGUCAAGGCAAAGGCACAGUAAGUGGAAGUCUAACAGGUCUGGAGUUUAUCAGGAAAACAUUGAUUGAACAGCCUUAUAACCCCCUAAUUGUUCUCAUACCCUUCGUUGGAGGCUACAGUCGGAUACUGAAUGCUGCCAGCCGUGCCCUAGUGAAUACAGGAGUUAUCAUCAUUGCUGCAGCUGGAAACUAUAAGGAUGAUGCCUGUUUAUACUCCCCAGCAUCAGAACCUGAGGUUAUUACAAUUGGAGCCACUAAUUACCAGGACCAACCUGCAACAAUGGGUGUGCUUGGCACAAAUUAUGGAAACUGCAUUGACUUAUUUGCCCCUGGGGAUGACAUCAUAGGUGCCUCCAGUGACUGCAGCACUUGUUUUACAUCAAAAAGUGGAACAUCUCAAGCAGCAGCACAUGUAGCAGGCAUUGCAGCAAUGAUAUUAAAUGACAAACCAGACCUAUCAGUGUCAGAAUUAAGGCAGCGACUCAUACAAUUCUCUACCAAAAAAGUCAUAAAUGAGGUUUGGUUCCCAGAAGAUCAGAGGUUGAUCACUCCUAACCGAGUUGCAGGGCUCCCUGUGAAACUUCUUGCAGAUGAGGAGCUUUUUUGUCGUACAGUUUGGUCAAAACCAUCUGGCUUUGCUCGUAAAGCAACAACCUCAGUUCAGUGCAGUGGGAACGAAGAGAUGUUCAGCUGUUCCAGUUUCUCCAGAAAUGGGAAAAGAAAAGGAGAACAUAUAGAGGAAGAAGGCGGCAGAAAGACGUGUAUUGCACACAAUGCAUUUGGGGGAGAUGGAGUAUAUGCAAUUGCUAGAUGCUGCAUUUGGCCAAAGGCUGUCUGUCACAUUAAUUCUACCACACCUGAAGAUGGAGAAGUGCUAUCCACUGUAAGCUGCUCAAAUGAGGAUCACAUUUUAACUGGGUGCAGCUCUCAUUAUGUAUCUGGGCAUUUCAAUGAUGUUGUAAGACCCAUGCACAGGACUGACAAUGAAGACCCUGCUUGUGUUGGGAAAAGUGAGGUCACUUCUCAUGCACUGUGCUGCCAUGCACCAGAUAUCGCCUGCAAAGUGAAAGAAUAUUCUCCUAUGGGCUUUAUGGAUAAGGUGACUGUUUCAUGUGACGAAGGCUGGACCCUGACUGGCUGCAAUGCGUACUCCCGUAGUUCCAAUACUUUGGGAGCAUAUUCUAUCGAUGACACCUGUGUUGUGUCAAACCCCACAGGUGGAAAAGGAGCAGCUGCCAUUGCUAUCUGCUGCCAGAACAAACACAAUGAGAACAAGCAGAACACAAACUACCGGUGAAUUCAAUAUAAGCUUUGGCUUGCAAGACUUUGGACAUGAUUUUUUUUUUUACAUUGGAACACAAGUUAUGCCCACUACAUUUGAAACUGGAAUUAUAAUAUGCAUGUUGGUUAGCUAAAUGUUUAUAUCAGGACUCUGCAAAUUGUGGCUGUAUGGAUAGUUAUCUACAACUUAUAGCACUCUCCAAAUUCUUAGGAGUAGCAGAAAAAUCAAGUGAGACUGUGGAACCUUAUAACAGGCUGUAUUAUUAUAUAAGUAAUAUAAGCUGAGCUAUACACAAUAUGAAAAGAUCAUGUUAAAAGACAAGCUUUCCUUUUUCUGCAUAGGGUCUCAAGAGCCUCUAAUUCAAGUUCUCACAUACAGUAUUCAUAAACAUGCAUUUUCAGUGGCAUCUCCUACAUCUUAUUUUAGGAGACCAUAGAAUCUAGAACAAGAAACGUUUAAGGCAACAGAACCUGCAAGAAAAUACCCUGCCAUAGACAAUACUGAGAACUGGCUCUGCUAAAACACAUGUAGCGUCUUAGCAAACCUAAUUAUCUCUAUUGUCUAUUUUGUAGCCAUGACAAGUAGCUGCUACUAGUAGCUGUGUCUCUUCCCCCUUAGUGGUGAAUGUUUAUUGAAAAGGUCUACAAUGGGGUAAGUUGUCAGGCUGUGCAUAUUACUGGCAACUGUUUUCCUAAAUGACCCAAGUAUCUAAAUUGUUCAUUUCAGUCUGUGGAAAUAAUCCCUGCUCAUUAUUAGAAAUGACAAGUCUUAGGUUGUAGGAUGUCAAGCUUGGGAAGGACAUCUCCUGGCAAUGGCUGAGGACCUCUGAAGUUAUAUUUCACAACUGCAGGGUUUAAAGUAUUUACUUUUCACAACACUUCUCUUUUAUACUUUGGACAUAUUUAUUUGGGGCUUGUGAAGUUGCUUUAUUUUGUACACCAGUCAUAUUUUGAAUAAAAUAUAAAAAUAUAUAUAAAA